CAAUUACUCAAUUUCUAAAUCAUAAAACCGUGCCAUGCUAAGUUAAUUAUGCAGCUUUCUUGGUGCCUAUAGUUCCAAGACAGUAAAAGAAAAUGUUUAUUAGAAAGUUUUAUUGGAUUAUAUCAUUGGCAGAUAGCAAAGCGACGUGCAUCUUCAUUGUAUUUGUCACAAUCAUUGUUAAAUUGCCGAGAUUUCCUAGGAGUUCAAUUGAGAAUUAGAACUUUGUGUUACCAUAACAGAACAAGACUUCACUACUAUAAAUUCAUUGCUCCCUCUAAGUAAUAUUUCAUCCACAACAUUCAAAUACAAAUAUAUUAGAAUCAAUAAAAAGAUAUAUAUCAGGUCGUGAAAAAUGGCAUUGACAUUCAAUUGGAAGCUUGGGUUUGCAGUUCUACUAGUGUUGUCAAUGUGUGCUUCUCAAGCCACAUCUCGAGACUUGUACGAAGCCUCGAUGGUCCAGAAACACGAGCAAUGGAUGGAUAGCGUUGGACGGGUGUACAAAGAUGAUGCAGAGAAGGCAAAAAGAUUCAAAAUAUUCAAGGACAAUGUUGAGUACAUUGAAUUUGUCAACAAGGCUGGGACUCGACCUUACAAAUUAGGCAUUAACGAAUUUGCUGAUUUAACAAAUAAAGAAUUUACAGCCAGUCGCAAUGGAUACAAAAUGUCUUCUCAUCAAUCGUUGUCAAUCACAUCAUUUAAGUACGAAAAUGUGACUGCUCCAGCUACCAUGGAUUGGAGUACAAAAGGUGCGGUUACUGGAAUUAAAGACCAAGGGGAUUGUGCAUGUUGCUGGGCAUUUUCCGCGGUUGCUGCUACAGAAGGAAUCAAUAAAAUUAAGACCGGUAAUUUGAUCUCUUUAUCAGAACAAGAACUGGUGGAUUGUGACACAGGUUCGGAUAUGGGAUGUGACGGAGGUUAUAUUUAUGAUGCUUUUGAGUUCAUUAUCAAGAACCAGGGGCUUACUACUGAAUCCAAUUACCCAUACGAGGGAAUCGAUGGUACUUGCAAAAUAAGCAAAGAGUCCGAUCAUGCAGCCAAGAUCACAGGUUAUGAAGACGUUCCAUAUAACAGUGAAUCAGCUUUGCUAAAAGCAGUUGCAAAUCAACCAGUAUCCGUGGCAAUUGAUGCUAGUGGAUCAGAUUUUCACUUCUAUUCGAGCGGUGUUUUUACUGGAGAAUGUGGAACUACGUUGGAUCAUGCUGUUACGGCAGUUGGUUAUGGGGAGAGUAAUGAUGGUACUAAAUAUUGGUUAGUGAAGAAUUCCUGGGGAACGAGUUGGGGCGAGAAUGGUUACAUAAGAAUGCAAAGAGACGUCGAUGCUGAGGAAGGACUUUGUGGAAUUGCUAUGCAAGCUUCUUAUCCAAAUGCUUAAUUAAAUGGCCUAAAAGUCUACUAACAAUAGAGUCUGAUGUAUGUUACAAAGACUAUUAUUUGCUGUUGAUUAUUCUGUAAAGUUCAUUGAUGUUCACCUAAUAAUAACAUAGUCAUAUGUAUGCUACAAACUCUGCAGUUUGUACAUUUUAAGUGUUGAAUAAAAGCUAAUU